UUUUAUUUAAGAAAGUCGAUGAUUAAACCUGUUUGGAGUUACUGUGACAAAAUGUAUCAGCAUUUUUGUAUUCUACUUCUUUUCCUUUCAAAGUGCAGCUCAGAUAACACAGACGUCGUGGCUCAGAAUCAUCUGAAGAUUGUUCAAGCUGGAGACAGUGUUAACUUCACCUGUAUUUUUUCAGGAGAGUCAAGACACAGUGUUGUUUGGGUCAAACAAAGAGUCGGAGAGAAACCCCUUCCAAUUGUUUCAUCAUAUCAAGGUUUACCUGCCGACUUUGAAAAGGGCUUUGACAAUACACGCUUUUAUGUAUCAAAUGAAAAGAGCAGUUUUAAUCUGAGCAUCACAAAUACAGAAGAAUCAGACACUGGAACAUACUAUUGUGUUAAAUAUUUAUAUAAUAGAUUUUCUUUUGGUGAAGGCACUGAUCUCAUUGUUAAAAAUGGACAGCUGAGCGUGGACUCAGAGCAUCAGAGAGCCGAGACAGACCCAGAUCAUCCAGAAGAGUCUGCAGCGGCUCUGCAGUGUGCCGUCGUCACUCAGAGCUGUGCAGGAGAACACAACGUCUACUGGUUCAGACAUCAAUCUGGAGAAUCUCCUCCAGGAAUCAUUUACACUCAGGACCGCAGGAACGCUCAGUGUGAGAGGAGAUCUGAUGGGAACUCAACCACACACAAAUGUGUCUACAACCUGCCCAAGAAGAAGCUCAGUCACUCUGAUGCUGGGAUUUAUUACUGCGCUGUGGCCGCAUGUGGACAGAUACUGUUUGGAGAAGGAAGAACAGUUGAUUCACCAAGGCCAGAUACAGCAUGGAGUACAAUUGCCCUAUUUUUAGCAGCUUCAAAUAGUUUAUCAGUGAUUGUGAUCAUAAUUCUGUGCUCACAGAUGUGCAAACACCAGCAGAAAGACGGGAUCCCAUAUAUUGUGCUUGAUAAAUCAAUGGCUGAUGACACCAGCACUACAGUCAAAUAUACAAUGUAUCACAAACGUAUUUACCUUCAGAAGGCUUCAGGAAUAAAACUGGCAGAACACAAGUUUGACUUUCACCUCAUCUAUCAUGCAUUUAGCAGUUAUUUGAAAGAAGUCCAUUUAUAACAA